GCAAUCUUGGAAGAGGAGUACCAGGAGACUUUCGGUCUUGGAUCGUCCGAUCACGGUGAAUCCGUGCCGUCAAUCUUGCGUAAGAUCACUCCCCCGAGUCUCAGUGAACCCCCACCAAUGUCAGCCACUUUCAACACUCCACGCUAUUCCGCCUACACUCCACAUCGAUUUGCAUCCGCCUCGGUAACCGCAAUGAGUAAUGGAAAUGGCAUCUACAAUGAGCCCUGCGAUGCUAGGAGGUCAGGAGGUGGAGGCACGGUUAAGAAGAUUCACUCGCUAAGGAGAGCGAGUCUGGCUGCGAGUAUCUACUGCGAUACAGAGCAUCAUAGACAGGAUGGCUUUUUGCAACCACCCAGUCCUCGGGAUAUCGUAACCCGAAUUGAAAACCCCGGUUCAGUGAAUGUGUUCUAA